AUGAUUAAUAUAAGAUAUUAUUAUAAUCUUAUAUUUAUUUUUUAUGUUGAAUUCGAUUCAAUAGAAUCGAAAAAACCUAUUAAUAAGCAAAAUUAUGCUUCUUGGCGAUUAGAAUGUGAGUUAGGCAUUAAUUCUGAUGAAGAUUGUCCCAUAGAUGGUGGAUGGUCUUCUUGGAGCUCUUGGUCCGCAUGCCAAGGGGAAUGUGAUAACGUAGGUUAUCGUAAACGAUCAAGAGAGUGUAAUAACCCACCGGCAUCACAUGACGGAUUGCCAUGUUCUGGUACGGAUCAACAACUUGAACCCUGUUUUUUCACCAAUUGCACAGUUGAUGAUUUUAGAAGAUUAGCAAAUCGUGAUGCAUCGAGAAUAUCAGCCAUACGUGAAUUAGAGGCUGUUCCCGUUUUAAUGGAACUUUGUUUGCAAUCAGAUUGUCUGUAUGAACAAGUAGAAUCUACUUUAGCAUAUGAUAACACUUGGCAACUAAAUACGGAAUCAUUAUGGAAUGCUCUGCAAUGUGUGAAAUAUAACUUAGGUUGUCCCGUACAAGGAGAGUGGGGUUCAUGGGGUGCCUGGUCAGCAUGCGGAGCUCGCUGCGGAAAUGGCUCACGUUGGAGAUUACGAAAAUGUGAUACACCUCCACCUUCAGAUGGUCGACUCGUUUGUUCAGGAGAUCCUUUGCAAUUUCAAUCAUGUGAAGGUGAUCAAUGUGCAAUUGAUGAGCCUAUUUUGGAACCUUCGGUAAGAGGUUCGUGGAGUGAGUGGAGCCCAUGGUCACAUUGUUCAGAAAAGUGUGGCUUUGGAGUAAGACGACGCAAUAGGUCAUGUAAAGAAAAUGACUUACCACGGGUAUCCUUUUCAUGGGGAACACAUUGCCGGGGUUCACACGACGAAUUGGAGGUUUGCUCUCAAAAAAAAUGUAGACUCGAUGGAGGGUGGACUGGUUGGAGAUCCUGGGGGCCUUGCUCACAAGCCUGUGGUGCAGGGAAGCGGAUCAGAACUAGAUGUUGUACGCGCCCUAUCCCUUUUGGUGGGGGUGCAAACUGUUAUGGUCCAAGAGUUGAAAUUGGGACUUGUCAUUUAAAACCAUGUGAUGUGUACGUUCGAGAUGUUGCGUUAUUUAAUGGAGAUUCUUAUUUACAAUUCAAUUUUUUGAGAAAACGUUCAAAAUAUCUUCAUUUUUAUAUUCGUUUCAUGCCCUUGUCGCCAAGAGGCACUUUAAUGCGUAGGGACUUUUUAAGUUUUCCGUUUAUCAGGCUUAGUUUACAUAAAUGGCAUUUAUGCUUAGAUGUUAGUGGGUCAUCAAAGUUAUGCAGCUUACCAAGGAUUUGUUCAUCUACCGCCAUCGAACCAGCUAUUUGGCACACAGCAAUGGUAACUUUUACUUGUGACGCUGCAUCGCUUAGGUUGAAUGGCGAGCAAGUACUUUUUAGUGAAACUAUUUCAUGUGAUCCUGAACUAGAUAGUAAUAGUAUUAACAUUUUUACUGGUGAGAGAUUUCACGGAGCUGUCCAGGAAGUCAUACUUAAUUUUAUUCCUUUAAAAUUAACUAUAGGAAAAGAGCGUCAGUUUCUGAAAAGAAAUAACCUUUAUCCAUUGUCAGCAUCUAAUAUGAUAUACGACAAGGCAAAUAUAGAAGAAGCUUUUAUAAAUUUAGAUCACGGUUACUUUUUACGGAUUCCUUGUUUUAAUACGUGUAAUGAAAGUUGGCAUCUACAGUUAACUUUAAAACCGAAUAGAGAUGGUGGCGUAAUUAUGUUUAUUUACGACAGUGAAACCAGUAAUUGGAUUUUGAUGUCGCUGCAGAACAUGCGAAUAAAACUUAAAGUAAGAGUAGGUCAUUCUAUGCUGGAAGCCAUGAGCACAACAGAAUGCUUGCCUGACCAAUGGCUUGAUUUGUCAUUAUCAAAAAAACGAAAUGCAAAUAAAAUCGAAGCACAUGUAAAUGGAGGGGAACCGCUUCAUAUACAAUUAAUAGGCAACUAUAACCAAAGUUUUAAGAAUAAUAAUGAUAGCAUUGAUAAUGAACGUUGCUCUUAUAAUAACUUAUUAGGAAAAGAUUUCUUCAUUAAGAGACCUAAUGAAAUAAACUGUACUGAUGAGUUUCUUAUUGGUGGUGUAUCACCUGUUAUUCACGAUAAAGACCUUGCAGAUGCCACACACUUCUCAGGAAUUAUUGCAUCUUUAACGAUUAAUAAUAUUAAAAUGGAUUUGCAUGAGUAUAGCUUAGAACGCUAUAAGGACAGAAAUAUACAGUUGUCAUCUCGAACUGCUAGCAUAUCCAGUAUAUACCAAGAAAUAUCAUGGGGCAAAUCAAAUAAACUUAAUUUGACAUGUCUCUACUCAAAAAAUAUACGUAAAAGAGAUCAUGCAAGAUAUUGGUUAUAUCUGGACACUGGAAUUCGAAACGGAACACUGAAUAAUAAAAAUAUUACCAUAUUAGAUAACCAUAGAAUGCUCCGAGUAUCUUUCGAUACUAAUGAUGAUAUACGAGGUUUUUAUACAUGUCGAGCAUUUUAUAAUAAGCGAACCCGAAACAUUAUUACCUAUGGCGUCACCGGAAAAUACAAAAAUAAUUUUACCGGUCCAGACUUCACCACAGCCAUAGCAGUAUUAUCUACACUGUCGUUCGUUAUAUUUACACUAUCGUGGCUUAUUAUUGAGGGUAUCCGAGACUUACGUGAUGGUUAUGGAUUUUUCCGAGAUGCACAUUUUUCACCAGAGAAAGAGGCUGAAGCUAUUUGCCAAUACAUUGAUCGAAAUAUAAAUUUAUUGGGUUCUGAGAGUGUUGCUAAACAAGUUAAAGCUAGAGUAAGACGUAGAGCGCACCAAAUGGCGAGUCGUGCCAGUUUUGCUGCACAGGAACCUGAAGGCUUAAUAGAAAUCAAUAGAGAAAUAUACGGUGAUGAUGAAGUAAUUUUAACGGACCAAGACGAACUACCUGCACUGCCAAGUGCUUCUCAUGACGUCUACAGGUGUGAACCAUCCUAUAUUAGCUCUCCUCGCCAUGGCUCCAAUUUAACGUCACCACGGACAAAAUUGUCUUCUUCGUCAUCACAGAAUACUUCCCCUAGAGUUCUUUGUUCGGCUUUACUAUUGACCAAGAAUAAAUAUUCAAAUUUGCGAUUGAAAAAGAUAAAAUCGAAUCCAAAAAACAGACCCCACCUUAAAAUGGAAUCCGCACAUUCAUUCAAUGUCAAUUUAUCGCCCGGAAAAAGAAUACUGGAAAGAUUUCUUGAAUUAAAAGCUAAUGAUUCUUAA